AAGGCCAGCGAUCGCUUCAGGCUUCUUCACAUUCUUUCUUUCUUCUCUUGAUUGAUCGAGCAAGGAAAGGAAGGAAGGAAGCUGAGUAGUUCCGUUGGGCGUUACAGUGCCAUCCAUCCAUCCCACCUACAUCCCUCUUCUUCUUUCUUUCUCUCUGGCGGUGGCGGUGGCGGCGGCGGCUUAAGCUUAACAAGAAGAAGAAGAAGAAGAACAAGUAGAUCAAUCACAUCGAUCGCUUCUUCCUCCUCCGACUCCGAUCCGUUCUUCAGCGGAGACGACACGCGGAUAGGAUAACCGAAAAUGCUAGGCCAAGGUAGAAUCAAUUUGGUGGAGGAGGUGCUCAUCGUCGGCGGCCUCCUGCUGGCGCAGUGCGUGCUCUCCUCCUACGUCCUCUUCUCCCACCACCUGCUCGCACUCGGCGCUGACUCGCUGGCCGUCGUCGUCGUCGCCGGAGCCGCCUACGCCGCCUUCUGCCUCCCCUUCGCCGUCGCAUUCGAGAGGAAGCGAUGGCCUUCCACGAUCUCGGGGACUUUGGUGGUGCAAUACCUGCUCAUUGCUCUUGGAGGGACAACUGCGUUCCAAGAGCUGAUGCUGCUGGGGAACAAGAAGACAACGCCGGCGAUCGCUUCCGCCAUGCCCAACCUCAUCCCCGGCAUCAUCUUCGUCGUCGCAGCUUGUUUCAGGAUGGAGAGGUUCCAGAAGGCGUGCAAGUACACGCAGGCGAAGAUAGCCGGGACAGUGGUGUGCGUGGCGGGAGCAGUGGCCAUGAGCUUCCUACAGAGCCCCUCGUCGUCGCCGCCUCUGGCAGCAGCAGGCGGUGACGACUACUACGACUGGAUCCUAGGCUGCUUCUGCCUAGUCGCCGCUGUCACCAUCUUCGCGCUCGUCACCAUCCUGCAGGCCGUGACGCUCGCCACCCUCCCGGUGCCGCUGACCAUGUGCUGCGUCACCACCGCGAUGGGCGCCGCGCUCACCGCGCUCCUGCGGUUCAUCCUGGAGGGCAAGUUCCUCGACAUGGGGUCGCCUAACAUCGACGCCACGCUCGUCGCCGGGAUCGUAGUCCUCGGCGGCGCGUUGGUGGGCGCGAGCAUGGUGUUCCAGGCGUGGUGCCUUGGCAAGAAGGGCCCCCUGUUCGUCUCCGUCUUCGGCCCCGUCCAGACUGUCUGCACCGUCAUCCUCUCUGCUGCUCUCCUCCGACAAGUCCUCAGCCUAGGAAGCCUCGCAGGGAUGGUGCUGAUGUUCAGUGGGCUCUACAUUGUCCUAUGGGCCAAGAACAACGAGAGUUCGGCUGACCAGGAUCACUUGCAAGCUGCCGGCGCUCACGACGCCGAGAAGGCCCUGCUAGCCUAGCAAAAUCCCACCCCCCCCCCCCUUUUUUCCCGCCCUUUUUUCUUUCUCCAGAUGUUUGUGUGUGAUAUACAGUAUGUAUUAAUAUUGCUGGUAGUAGUGAAUACCACGAUUUAUGUUGUAAAAGGGCAUGGUUUUAAAUUUUUUUACACAAAGGUUUGACAUACGACAAGUGUCUACGCA